GUUUAUUAACUUUCCAGACAUACUCUAAUGAAUUUUGACAGUGAGACGGACUGGCACGCCUUUAUCGUACCCUUCAACAAACUAGCAUCGAUUGUUAGAAAAGGGCCCUCAAAAUAUUGGUUUAGAAGUUCAAUUCUUUAUCAAUCAGGUGUCAACGGAGAGAUUCUAUAUACAGAUUCAAGAAAGGGAGAGCCCACUUUAUUGUGAUAUUUGUCCGAGGAAAGAUUUGGUAAAAAGUGGGAAAGAAGAGUUUGCGUUUGCUGCUUAAAAGGCCUUCUGGGAAUAUAAGUGGAAGGCUAAAAAUGGAUUUCUGGCCGGAGUUUCUAGCAAGCAGUUGGGGAAAAGAGUUCGUGGCCGGAGGACUUGGUGGCACUGCGGGUAUCGUGACUGGUUAUCCUCUUGAUACACUUAGAAUCCGGCAGCAGAACUCAAGAACCGGUUCCGCCUUUAGUAUCCUCCGCCAUGCUGUUGCCAGUGAGGGGCCGUGCGCCCUCUACCGGGGCAUGGCCGCUCCUUUGGCCUCUGUCUUUUUCCAGAAUGCCAUGGCCUUCCAGACUUAUGCUAUACUGUCACGAGCCUUUAGCACAAACAGUACAGGAGGAGAUCCGCCCUCAUACAAGGGAGUUGCUCUCGGAGGAAUUGGAACAGGUGCUAUACAAAGCCUACUUCUCAGCCCUGUUGAGCUGGUUAAAAUUCGUCUACAGUUGCAGGGGAAAAUUAAUGAGAACAAAAAUCAAUCAGGCAGUGACAAAGGUCCAAUACAAGUUGCAAGAAACAUAAUAAGAACAGAAGGCUGGAGAGGAAUUUACCGGGGUUUAACCAUCACUGUGCUUAGGGAUGCACCAGCUCAUGGCGUCUACUUCUGGACAUAUGAGUAUGUGAGAGAGCAACUUCAUCCUGGAUGCCGAAAGAGUGGCAAGGAAACCUUCAGAACAAUGCUUUUUGCAGGAGGUCUAGCAGGAGUUGCUAGUUGGAUUUUUUGUUAUCCUUUAGACGUAAUGAAAACAAGAAUUCAAGCCCAGAAAGAAUCUUCCCCGACAAAAUACGAAGGCAUUGCUGACUGCUUCAUAAGAAGUGUUAAAGAAGAGGGAUAUAGUGUGCUCUGGCGAGGUUUGGGAACUGCAGUUGCCAGAGCUUUCCUCGUGAAUGGUGCGAUCUUUACUGGCUACGAGACAGCUCUCAGGUGCAUAUUCCACAACAACAAUCAAGCAGCUAUUCAAACAGAGAAUUCAAUCUAAAGUGAAGGCCCAUUCUAGUCUAAGAGCAUCAUCAUGGUAACCACUAUUGAAUGGCAAUUUCAUUAAAUCUAAGAGGGCAAGAAAUUGCAUGGCAUUCUAUUUAUAAAUUCACCGAUAACAGAAAAACAGCGAAGCAAAAUGAAAGCACCAGGAGAAACAGACCAUAUAAAGACAGAUAAUAGUUGUUGUCCUGCAUUCAGUGGUGAAGCAAUAAACUCCACUGAACCAUGUAUAUCUUGAGCACAAAGGUUAGGAUUCACGAAUGGCCAAUUGGCCAUACACAGGCUAUAGCAAACAAUAGCAAAUUGAACGAAUGCAUAUUCACAGAAGUUUGAUGCUUAUAGCAAACUACACAGUUUAUUUGUUCUA